AUGAAGGUCAUGCAACGCUUUAGGGAAUGGGUCGAGGAACUCGACUUCAAAAUCGCACGCAGCUUCGUCGGCCAUUGGUUCCGUCUUGAGGGUUGUGGACAUCCUCGUGAACGUAGAGGCAGUCGGUUUAGCAUCGAACUUCGUGCCGGUUUAACGACCUUUUGUGCUAUGGCAUACAUCCUUGCCGUCAAUGCUUCUAUUAUGAUCGACACCGGUGGUCCUUGCGAAUGUACCGCUUCCGAUCCCAAUGCAUGCGAUACCGAUAAAAGCUUUUUGGCCUGCAAGCAAAACUUCCACCGUGACGUCGUCACUGCUACUGCUGCUAUCUCUUGUUUGUCUUCUGUCUGUAUGGGUCUGUUUGCCAAUAUGCCCGUCGGAAUGGCCCCAGGUAUGGGCUUAAAUGCUUAUUUUGCUUAUCAGGUGGUCGGUUAUAAUGGUUCUGGUCGUGUGCCUUAUCGUGAAGCCCUUUUGGCUGUUUUUGUCGAAGGCUUCAUCUUCACCGGCCUAACCAUCAUCGGUCUUCGUCAAUGGCUUGCUCGUGCCAUCCCUGCAUCUCUCAAAUUUGCAACCGGUGCUGGUAUCGGUUUAUACCUAACCAUCAUCGGUCUCACUCCUAGUGCUGGUUUAGGUGUUGUCGGCCAUUCCGCUUCCGACAUCGUCGGUCUUGGUGGGUGUCCUCCCGAAUAUCUUUCCUCCGAUUAUACAUGUGAUGGCCAUGAGCUGCAAUCCGCUCGUAUGUGGGUCGGUAUCUUUUGCGGUGGUGUCUUUACCGCCGUUCUCAUGAUGUACCGCUUCAAGGGUGCUGUCCUUGCUGGUAUCGCCCUCGUCACCAUCGCCAGUUGGCCUCGUAGAUCAAAAAUUACCAUGUUCCCCCAUACUGACAGUGGUGAUUCCGACUUUAAUUUUUUCAAAAAAGUCGUUAGCUUUCGCAAAAUUAAUAGUAUCUUGGUGGCCCAAAAUUGGAAAGUCACCGGUGGUCAAUUUGCCGUUGCUUUGAUCACUUUCCUUUACGUCGAUAUUAUGGAUACGACCGGUACUUUAUACUCCAUGGCUCAUUAUGCCGGUCUCGUCGAUCAACGCACCCAGGAUUUUGAAGGAUCCGCCGUUGCUUAUCUCGUCGAUGCUUUGAGUAUUUCCAUUGGGUCCCUUUUCGGUGUUUCUCCCGUCACCGCUUUUAUCGAGUCUGGUUCUGGUAUUUCUGCCGGUGGUAAAACAGGCAUUGUCGGUGUUGUCAUCGGUAUCUGUUUCUUCAUCUCUCUUUUCUUCGCUCCUAUCUUUUCCAGUAUUCCUGUUUGGGCCACCGGCUCUACCUUGGUGCUUGUCGGUAGUUUGAUGAUGAAGAGUUCGGCCCUCAUUAACUGGAGCUAUCUCGGUGACUCCAUCCCUGCAUUCAUUACAAUUGCUUUAAUGCCUCUUACUUAUUCCAUCGCUUAUGGUUUAAUUGCCGGUAUCAUCUCUUACAUGGUUUUGAAUAUUAUCAUUUACCUCAUCGACAAAGCGUCCAGAGGAAAAAUUACGCCUGGUGAUUACGACCAAAAGGAACCUUGGACUUGGCGUGUCGAGGGUGGUCUUUUGCCUCCUUGGGUCAAGCGCUUGUGCCAUGGUGAGAAACGAUUCUGGGAAGACCCUAGUGAUCGUAAACUCAAUGAAAAUAUGGAAUUAGAAAUGAGUCAUACACCAUCAUCUGUUACUGAAAAGAAAGGCGCGGAUGAUUCUGUUACUAUGAAGGAAGCAAUUCGUGAACACCCUCCUAUGGAUGAAGAAGUUGGUGAAAGUGAGACCAUUCGGGAAGUUCGUCACGAUACUCCAUACGCUGGUAUCGACACUGAAACAGAUAUGCGUAUUUAA